CGCAAACCCUCUCCCCCGAUCCCUUCCCGCCUCGAGGGCGCCCGCCGCUCGCCCUUGAGCGACCUGCAGAAUGAAUGGAGACUGCCCCCCACCCUGCCCGAGUUGCGCUUGUCCUGGAAGCGGAGCAGGCGGCUGUGCCCGGAUGACUGGACGGCUGGGAUCGGAUUCUGGAGCCUUAGCGGGCAGAGCUGGUGCCUGGAUCGGAGUCCGAACCCAGUUCGCCCAACCCAAGGCAAGCCCAGCUGUGGGAACGAAAAUUGAGCCUGAAGUAGCAGAGUUUCUUCAAGAGCUGCAUAAGAGAGUGAUGAUUGGGGUGGUUGGUGGCUCAGACUACUCCAAGAUAGCUGAGCAGCUGGGAGAAGGAGAUGAAGUUAUCGACAAGUUUGAUUACGUCUUUGCGGAAAAUGGCACCGUGCAGUACAAGAAUGGGCAACUGGUCUCCAAGCAGGCUAUCCAGAACCACCUCGGAGAGGAACUUUUGCAGGAACUGAUCAACUUCUGCCUCAACUACAUGGCACUUCUGAAGCUGCCCAAGAAACGGGGCACCUUCAUAGAAUUCCGCAAUGGAAUGUUGAACAUCUCUCCUAUUGGUCGAAGCUGCACUUUGGAGGAACGAAUAGAAUUUUCAGAGCUAGACAAGAAAGAGAGGAUCCGAGAGAAGUUUGUAGCUGCCCUACAACGGGAGUUUGCUGGCAAGGGCCUGCGGUUUUCCCGAGGUGGCAUGAUUAGCUUUGAUGUCUUCCCUGAGGGCUGGGAUAAGCGCUAUUGUCUUGACAUCCUUGAUGAUGAGAGAUUCGACACCAUCCAUUUCUUUGGGAAUGAGACAACCCCUGGUGGGAAUGAUUAUGAAAUCUACGAUGACCCUCGCACAGUAGGACACAGCAUCCAGUCCCCCCAGGACACAGUCCGGAGAUGCCAGGAGAUCUUCUUUCCAGAGACAGUGAAUGAAUCUUGACUCAUGGAGCUCCUGCUGCUCUUGAUCACUCAAAGGAGACCCUCACUCACAUAAUGAAAGCACCUUUUGGAUCCUUUCAGGACUUGCUGAGUCCCAAGGUCAAAAUGCACUUUGGAAACAGAGCUGAAGUGUCAAAGGGGGAGCGGGAUGAUGAUACAGUAGGGCCCCGCUUACCGGUGUUCCUCUAAUGCGGCGGCUUUCAUUCCCAUUUUUAAAGCUGCUUUUGCGGCAUUCUGCGGCAUUUUCGCGCGACACUCCCCAUUAUACUCAAUGGGGUUCCACUUUACGACGAUUUCCACUUUACGGCGGGGGUCCAGAACGGAACCUGCUGUAUAAGCGGGGCCCGCCUGUAGUCCUUCAUCAUUUGCACCAUCACCUCUUGCUACUGGGGAACUGCAGAAUCCCGAUUGCCAUGCCCUCAUGCCCACCAAACAAGGUAAAAGUUGUAUUUUUAAAAAGGGGGGGGACCCAUAUAUUCUAGCAAAGGUCUUUCUUUAAAGCUAAUAAUCUUCCAUCCCCACAAAUUCACCCAAAUGAUCUUAUUUUUGUGAUCAAUCUCAGAAAGGCACUACAAUUAUAUUUUAAAGCUUGGAAUGUCAAAAGUACAAGACUAAUCAAGUAUUUUCAUAUUUUUGAACCAUCAAGGUGGUUUGCAAAUUAUUUUUAAAACUGGAUGACGGCUUUUUUUUAAUGUGUGUGAUAAAGGAGAGCAUCACUUUAACAACAACAUAAAUGACCCCAUCUGGCACUAGUCAUGCUUUAAAGAUACAUUGACACAUGAUUGUUGUGCCAAAAUGUGGAUUGGCUAUGCAUUUCACUCCACAUCCCAUUGAAAGCAAUGCAGUAUGGAUGCUGGCAUCCAUGCUCACAUGUUCAUCUAAUUUAUGCCUGUGGUUCCUGAUCUAGCAAGGGAUACCUGUACAAAAGCCUGCACCUGUAAAUGGAUCUUUUUCGGUAGAUCAGGCUGAACAAGAGUGCCGAGUGCAUUUUAAAACAAAUUUCAACUAUGUUAGUUGGAUGACCUAUGAGCAAUGUUGUGGUUUGUGCUGUUGUAACAGAAGCCAUGGGAAAUAGUAAGAACUUGAUAAUGAGGGCAACAUCUUCAUUUAGCACCAACAGUAAAUAAGUGUUAGUAUUAAAGACAAAAGGGGGACUGCAACGUAACAUUGCAGUGUGGAGUGCUCCUAUUCAGUGCCCUUCUUCAGGCUACUCCAUUCCCUCCCCAAACAGUUAGCCAGCAUUCUGUGUGGCCACUGAGCACCUUCAGUCUCAAGUGCCUGUUUGUGUGUGGGGGUGGUGGCUUUCCUCCUAUUUUAUUUAUUUAUUUAGUUAGUUAUUUUUUACUUCUUGAAUAGCCUGGUUUCCCCCCAAGCCUGCAACUAUCUCCUGCUUCCUGUGUUGCUGUUUUGACUACAUAUACAUAAGCAAUGGCACUCACAGCCUGAACAUUGAAGAUAGGGAGAAUGAUGAUUCAGGUAUAGGGACCAGUUGUAAUUCAGUGACAUAUUCAUAAAUGCAGCUGAACUAAAUCAGGCAUAUGAAUGAGCAAACGUUUAUAGGUGCCCCUUAAAUAUCCUUCCUGAUUAGUCAUCAAAAUAUUGUGGGUUUGGUAAUUUAGUUUUCCUUCUAGAUUUGUCUGCAGAAGAAUAUAAAGUUCUGAUUUACUAAAAGCUUGAAUUUGAAAUUAGUAAUGAACUACUUAAAUUCAGUUGGGAUUAGUCAAACUGUAGCAAACAUUGCCUAAAUGUUGAUUGUUUCCAUACAACUUUGUUCUGUUUUAAAUUAUCUUCAGUGUAGACAGGGCUGCAGUCUUCAUUACUGUUGGUUUUUAUGUUAAAGACUCCCCCUUCAACACAGACACAUUUUUGUUUUUCAUUUCCAAAGGGGUAAAUGAAAAAAUGAGAUUGAAGAUUUGCCUGUUUCUACCACAGCAAGUUGUCUUUAGAGAGACAUAGUGACAAGAAUGAUGGUUAAUUACAAAAAAUCUUCCUCUGGUUUAUCGCUUUCCAUUACAUACUGUCAGGAUAGGAUUAUAUAUGCAUUCCAAAUAUUGUACCACACGUUUGGUGCUUUAUGAUGCUGACCUUUAAUUUUUUUAAAAAAAAUCUAGUUGUUAAUCCUCUCAGUUUCAGGCACACUGUUGAAAAUGUGGCAGCAAAGCCUUCCAAAGAGUCAGAAAUCAUAGAACUGGGUGCUAAAGCUUCCAUUUUCUUCAUGCCUCUUAAGUCCCCCUACAUUGUCUCUUCUGUCCUCUGUAUACUAUUAUUCCCUUCUCUCAUCUUCCGCAGCUGCCCAGCAACUGGCCCAAAUCAUAUUUCAAAUAAUUUGCAAUAAGCCCACUGUCUCUUUCACUCAGACUGAGCAAAUUAUGAGGUGAUAAUUUGGAUUUUUACAGAAUUGGGCUAUCAGCUUGGAAUUUGGUCUAACAUGCACAUUUCAUUUUAAAAAAAAGUGUAUCAGUACCAUAGGAUUUUGCUGCUGCGGUUUCUAUUGUGUCAAGGCACCUUACAGUCCUUGUUAUCAUAUAUAUAUAUAUAUUUGCACAACGCCCCUAGAAGCUGGCAACUGAGGCAUUAAGCGACAGCGCUCGCUAUUACACGAUUCUGGUAUCAGUGAUAUUGCUCGUUUCACAUUUACGGAGCAGCAAGAACAUGCCACACAUUUUCUGCUCACUCCUUCAGCAAAUGAGAUUUACAAGUAUUAGCAGCAAACUGCCCACUAUCAGAAAGGCUGGAAGUUCUAACUCCCUUACUCAGGGCCUAAUACAAUUAGCAAUUGCGAGAAUGGGCUUUUUAAAACUGCAUUGCAAACCAAGCCAGAUUAGGUGGCUGGCAAUGGGGGAGGGGUUAUAGAGGAACGUCAUCCUUUACCCUUACUGCAGACCACUCAGGGGAGUCCAUGCCUGCUUUUUGCAUGGCCGGAGAUGGGGGAGCUACUAUUGGAGGGCGUAGGAACACACACACAUGCAAAUAGGAAGCAUGAGGUCCCAAACUGGACUUGCAGUGUGAGGCAAAGCAUCAGUGUAGGAGUGGGGGCAGGGGGAGAGUUCAUGGAGCCCUUGAAAGACAGGUGAAUGAAAACAGGAUGCCUGCUGCCCUUCUAGACUACAAGGCUCCUUCCAAGAUUCCUGAAAGGCGGAAAGCGCAAAACUAUUAUUAAGGGAGCAAGGGUCUACACCCUUUUUACACCUACAAGUCACUAGAAAACAGCGGUCUUGUACUCCAUAGACCUCAGGAAAAGUGUCUGUGCUCUCCCCCUGUGAUUUCAAGGCAGUGGGCUUUAUAGCAUUUACACAAUUACACUGAAACGCCGGGGGAAAAGCGACAGCUGUAAUGAUCAGGAUGGUGCAGUCUCCCAUGAGCAGCACAAGUGCUGCCCUACACCCUCCCCUACUGAAUAGGAUACGCAGCUCUCCAAGGUGCAUGUUCAUACCGUGUAGCUGAUCAUCCCCUAUAGCAAAUGCUUCCAGCUAUUUUCAUAGAAACAAUGGGGUUAGCAUGCGCAAUAAAAACAACACUCUGUAAUCCAGUAGCACAGCUUGCUGCCUUCAUGAAUGGAUAUAUGGAAAUAAAGGGGUAACAAAAUAAGGGGGGCUAAUUGUCUUCAACAAUUGUCACUGCCUUUCCCUAUCUGGUGCCUUCCAGAUGUUUUAGACUCCCAUCAGCCCCAGUCAGCACCACUACUGUAGUCCAUUGUAGCUGAUGGAGUUGGAGUCCAAAACACCUGGAGGGCACCAAGCUGGAGAAGACUGAGUUAAAGAGCUGCAUCAGUAAUAUUUUCAUCACCGUGUAUCUGCAUAUUCACACGCGUCUGCCUUAACUCUUGGGUGUCAUGCUGCUGUUUUGGAUACCGCUUGUUGCUGUCCUUUCCCUUUUUGCCACCACCUCUUUUCAGGAAGAGAUAUUUGAAUGAUGUUUACAGGAAAGAACUGAUUCUGACACAGAAUGGCUGGGGUUUUUAAAUGGACCAAAAAAAUGACCCAAAAAGCCAGUUAAGCUCAUUUUGAUUGUACAAGUAUAUGAAAAACAGAUAUAUAGUGCAGACCAAGUUGUGCAUUUUUGUUCAUAGGCAGCUGUUGUAUAUACUAGAAAUAUGUUGAAUUAAGACCUUUUUUUGCUUUUUAACGCAUCAAAAGCAAGCAGCUGAGAUCCUGCACCGAGGCUUCUAUGCUCUGUAGUUCAAUACUGUAACUGAACAUGGAACUAAAGAAAAACACAGGAAAUCCAUACGGGUCAUUUUUGUUAA